CAAAGUUAAACACCUGAAGCUCUGGGUGUGAAAACACAGUCACAAGUUUUCCUGCCAGCCUGACAAAGAGUAAAUACACAGGUUUUGAUGGCAGUGGCACAGGGGCCGUCCCUGGCCCUGCUGCUGCUCCUCGUCUCCUCACUGCUCCUCGUCUCCUCUCACCUCCCUGCCUGUCCUGAGUCCUGCACCUGUCAGAGAGCUCCCCUGCUGAACUGCUCCUCCGCUGGCCUUUCCUUGAUGCCACGACAUAUCCAAAACUCUGUCACUGAGCUCGACUUAUCUCAUAACCUCCUCGCCGCUGUCACACUCGACCGACCACAUUAUAACCUCAGGAAUGUAUGGCUGGGAAACAACAGUAUCGCACACUUGUCUCUGUGCGUAGAGAGUGGAAGCCGUUAUGUCAGAGGAAGACAUCUUCAACGCUUGAGACCUUGGAGAGGAUGGGGAUGUGUGUCCUGGGCCCCCGCCCUGCAGCUGCUAUCUGUUGAGAGGAAUCAGCUAGAGCAACUCCCACAGGGGUUGGGAGGUUGCGGGUCCUUACAGGUUCUGCAGCUCUCCUUCAACAGGAUCUCAACUCUACGACCAGCAGACCUUAACCACCUUCAACAGUUAAAAGAGCUACGACUUCGACAUAACCUCAUCAGCAGUCUCCAUCCACAGAUGUUCCAGGAUUUAGCCCAGCUCCGGGUCCUGGAUCUGAGCUUCAACAUGUUGACCAGCCUCCAUCCUUUGAUUCACCUUUCUAUGCAUAGCAUUGGGGCGGAUGUUAGGCUGGAUGGGAACAGGUGGCAUUGUGAUUGCAGAAUGCGCAGUCUGAGAAGGCGGAUGGCCUAUGACAGCAGCAUAGGCCUGCAGAACUGGAGCAUGAUGUGUGCCUCUCCCCCCAUCCUCUCAGGAAAAAACCUGCUACAGUUGGAGGAAGAUGACCUUAACUGUGUUGGUACUGAAAACAGGCCAGAGCUCCACCAAGAUGUGACGGUCUACAGUGGCUCAGAGAUACUGCUGUCUUGCGCUACACAAGAUUCAAUAUGGUUGACGCCCAGUGGUCAGGCGUCUGUGAGCCAACCUCAUCAUCUUGUCAUCAAUGACAUCACAGAGAAAAACACAGGACUAUAUGUGUGUGUGUCUGAAGAACAUGAUGUUGUGUCUGUUUUUAACCUUCAAAUUAGUAAAAUAGGAGGUGCAAGAAGAAAAACUAGAAGUUUAUCCAGAACCAGCCGACAAAUAAUCGAACAAGGCACAGAAAAUGGGAUAAGCCAGGAAAGGAAUCUUACAGCCACGCAGUCUAAUUUGGCUUUAGCUGUGUGUUUAUCUGUUUUCAUCACAUUUCUGAUAGCUUUUAUCCUAGGAGUCUUAUCAAGACCUUGUAUUGAUAGGCUUUGGAGUAGGGUCACCAAGAAGAAAACAUCCUCAGCAACCAACUCUGUCUCAUCUGUAGAACAAAGGCAAUAUGAUAAUGAGGCCUACUCCAAUGGUGAGGAACAAGAACAAAUGCAAACACACAGGGAAAGGAGAGUCACAUUUAGCACUUUAGACGUAGGAGAAGAAGGCAAUGUAAAAUAUUAUGAUACCGUCGCCGGUGGAAAUCAGGAAAGGAUCAAUGAUGAGGCAGUGAUUGAAUGUGAGGCAGCUGUGGCUGAGAAGGAUGCAGCUGAAGAUUCAGGAAGUGAAAACAGUUUACAACGGAGGAGUUCAGAGGAUAACCAGAGAGAUGACGGAGACCUCAAUGUUGAAGGCCACCUGCAGAACAUGGAGUUUGAACCCAUCACAGACCCUGUUGAGCUGGAGAAAAGAAAAAGCUUGUCAUCUUGCUCAGAUUCUUCACUAUCUGACAAAGAAUUUAAUGAGCGUAAAAUGAUCCAGGAAAACCACUCAACACCAAAGGCUUCUCAGCUGUCAGAGGACUCUGUUCAGCAGAGAGGUGAAGAAGGGCCACAUAUUUCAACAGAGAGCACAAUUGAAAUUCCUGGAUUUUCUUCAGAACCAUUUGCAGAUUGGUCACCGAAUACACAUUACACCAACCCCUCUGAACUAUGGCAGGAGAAUGAAGAGCAAUUUGAAUUCAGUGAUUCUGCUCGAAGCACAUCGGCAAGGUCCAGCAGUGUGUCUGGUUCUUUUAAUGAUUCAAAACGCAUUGUUGUACCCACUUCUAAUGAACAAAAGAGGGAUGAUAUGUCCAGCUCCAGCUCAAAUCUCAGUGAAGAUGAGCCUACACAUUACACUGUAAACCCAGACAAGGAGGAGAAGAAAAUAGAAAGGAUCCAUAAUAAAUCGGAGGUCAAUAAAGCUCGCCUUAAACCAGAUGCUAGUUUCGACGAAGCAGACCCUAACAGGCCUUCACUCAACUUGAAUCAGGGUGACAAUAGAUUUGAUAAACAAUGGCCUACAUUGAGACCUCAGGGCUCCUUUUCCUCUCAAUCCAGUUACAGUGAUGGUGAGGAUUACACAUUCAAAAAAGGGCGUGUACCUAGUUUGUCUGUUACCAGUCACGGCAAGAGUCUAGAUACUGGUGCACCUUUACCACCUGAAGCUUAUUCAUCUUCUUCAAGCAGUGAGAGUGAAGCAGGAACCACAAACCAGCAGAAGCAAAGAGUGACGCAUUUGACAAGGCCUCAAAUAAAAGAAUCUCAAACAGAAAGUCAUGAUACAGACACACAACAACAGUGGCCAGUCCUCGAUCUCAAGCAUGCUACAACCAUCAGGAGCCGUCUAGAUAUCAAAGCCCCUUCACCUGCUUCUGAUUCAUCUUCCAGUAGUGACAGUGAGGAUGAAACAAUACACCACACAGAGAGGCCAGGGAAGGUGGAAACUGCAGGACCUCCAUUUCAAGAGUUACAAACACAAAGUCCCAAUCCAGACAAAAGCUGGCCUGCAAUUGAUCUCAAACAUACUAUGCGCGUCAAAAGACGUUUAGAUAUCAAAGCACCGUCGCCAACAUCUUCCAGGAGUGACAGUGAGGAUGAAACAACAGGCCACACAGAGAGGCUAGAGAAGGUGAAUAUUACAGAACCCACAUUUCAAGAUUCUCAAACACAAAGUCAUGAUCGAGACAAUAAGUGGCCUGCGCUUGAUCUCAAACAAACUAUGCGCAUCAAGAGACGUCUAGAUAUCAAAGCACCAUCGCCAACUACAGGUUUAUCUUCCAGUAGUGACAGUGAGGAGGAUACAACAAUCCACCGAAAGAACCAAGAGAAAGAGCAUAUAAUCAUGGCAAGGCCUCCAAGUAAAGUGUCUCAAACUGCAAGCCAUGACCCACAACCACUAUGGCCUACCCUCGAUCUCAAGCAAACUACACGCAUCAAGAGGCGUCUAGAUAUCAAAGCCCCCUCCCUGGCUUCUGAUUCAUCUUCAAGUAGUGAUGGUGAAGAUCAAACAACAAUCAAUAUCAAGAAACAGGGGCAAGAGCCUAUUAACAUGGCAAGACCUGAGAGUAAAGUGUCUGAACCUGUAAGUCAUGACCCACAACCACAGUGGCCUGCCCUUGAUCUCAAGCAAACUACAAGCAUCAAGAGACGUUUGGAUAUCAAAGCACUCUACCCUGCUUCUGAUUCAUCUUCUAGUAGUGACAGUGAGAAUGAAACAACAGUCCACACAGAGAGGCUAGAGAAGGUGGAUAUUACAGGAACCAAAUUCCAAGGUUCUGAAACACAAAGUCACGAUCCAGACACAAAAUGGCCUGUUGUUGAUCUUAAACCGACUAUGCGCAUCAAGAGGCGUCUAGAUAUCAAAGCACCAUCACCACCUGAAAGUUCGUCUUCCAGUAGUGAUAGUGAGGAUGAACCAUCAAUCCCUAUAAAGAUACAGGGAAAAGAGCAUAUAAAAAUGGCAGGACUCCGACAGUAGAGUGGUCUC